CCGCGUUUUCUAAUGCUUGGAAUAUGUACUUCGAUGGUUUAUGAAGUUGGGUUUUCUUUUAAGAAUCCAUUUAAAAUCAUUUAAACCCCAUUUCUGUUCAUUUUCCGAUAACCACUAUCUUAGCCUUAGCCUUCUUAAACCAUGUCUUCCAUGCAGCCCCAACAAGAAAUUCCGGUUAUGGAAGUAAGUAUGAAGUUACUUGGUGAACUUGAAUCAUUGGGAUUCCCACGAGCCAGAGCAGUUCGGGGACUUCAUUAUUCAGGGAAUACUACCAUUGAGGAUGCUGUGAAUUGGCUCAUUGAUCACGAGGAUGAUCCAGACAUUGACCAGAUGCCCCUGGCGGCAAUAAACGUGGAUAUUGAGUCCCCUCAGCCCGAUGAUAUCACAGAAGCAGUAAAAAUCAAAGAACAAGAACUAAGGGAUAGAGUUCGGAUAAAAAAUCGGGAAGAAGAAAAGAAACUUGAAAGAGAAAGGGAGAAGGAAAGGAUUCGAGCAGGCAAAGCACUACAAGAAGCAAAGAGGAUUGCCGAGGAAAAUGAACGACAACGCCUUACGGCCUUGCGAAAAGUCGAGAAGGAUGAAGAGAAAAGGGCAAGGGAGAGAGUGCUUAAGAAAUUAGAAGUGGAUAAGUUGGAACGAAAACGAGCACUCGGAUUGCCACUUGAAAACCGAGCCGCGAAUCCAACUCGACCUAUUGCACGAGAAGAAGAAAAGAAUUACUUGCCUGUUAAGUCUGUUAAGAAGGAUGACCGUUUGAGAGAAUGCCUAAGAUCUCUGAAGCUAGCUUACAAGGAUGACAAUGACAGAGUUAAAAGGGCAUUCCAAACCCUGUUGAUUUAUGUCGGAAACGUCGCAAAGAGUCCCGACGAGGAAAAGUUCAGGAAGAUCCGGCUUGGUAACCCGAAGUUCCAGGAAAGGGUUGGGAGCUUGAGAGGAGGGAUCGAGUUUCUCGAGCUUUGCGGAUUCGAGAGAAGUGAAGGGAACGAGUUCUUGGUUUUUCCACGUGAUAAAGUUGAUAUACGGCUGCUAAACCAUGCUGGUUCUUUGUUAAAUUCUGCAAUGACGAACCCCUACUUCGGUCUUCUUCAAAAGGUGAACCAAAAUUAGAGCUGUAGUGAAUAUAUCACGUAGACACUGACAAUCAGUUGAAUGCGAACGCUUGAAGGGUGUCCACAAUUGAAUAAAUGUUAGAAUGUUGUGCAUCCAAAUAAGAUUUACAAGUGUGUUUUU